AUUCACGACUUUCAAAUGACAUGUCGAGCAAAAUAAUUACAAAGUUAAAAUGUUAUAAUAAAUGGUAAUUAUUUUAUACUUACGUUAAAAGGGCGCAAUUGCAAUUCAAAAUGAGGACCCGAAGUAAUUCGGGAGUCCGUCUCGAUUACUACCAGAGAGUUGUGCACAAGUUAAUUUUGGAUCACCAGCAACCAGUUACAGGCUUGUUCCCAGCGGGCCCAAAUAAUGAUCAUGCUUGGAUUAGAGACAACCUGUAUUGCAUUUUGGCGGUUUGGGGACUGUCUAUGGCAUUCAAAAAGAUUGCCGACCAGGAUGAAGAUCGAGCUAAAUCAUAUGAGUUAGAACAGAGCUGCGUUAAAUUAAUGAGAGGUCUUCUUAUGGCUAUGAUGCAGCAAAAAGACAAGGUAGAAAAAUUCAAAAGUACACAACACCCCCAUGAUUCACUUCAUGCUAAGUAUUCUUCAAAAACUGGAGGCACUGUUGUGAAAGAUAAUGAAUGGGGACAUCUACAAAUUGAUGCUAUCUCAUUGUAUCUCCUUAUUUUAGCACAGAUGACUGCAUCUGGUUUGCAGAUAGUGUUUUCAUUGGAUGAAGUUGCUUUCAUUCAAAAUUUAGUUUUUUAUAUAGAAUCAGCCUAUUGUAUUCCUGAUUAUGGAAUUUGGGAGAGAGGAGAUAAAACAAACCAUGGGCUACCAGAACUUAAUGCCAGCUCAAUUGGUAUGGCUAAAGCAGCUUUAGAAGCUAUGAAUGAGCUGGACCUUUUUGGUGCUCGUGGAGGACCAUCAAGUGUAAUACAUGUAUUAGCUGAUGAGGCUCAAAAAUGUCAAGCUGUCUUGCAAUCAAUGUUGCCAAGAGAAUCAAACAGCAAAGAGUUAGACUCUGGUCUUCUUUCUAUCAUAAGCUAUCCAGCAUUUGCGGUUGAUGAUCCGCAGUUGAUAGCGAAAACUAGAGAUACAAUAGUGUCAAAGCUACAAGGGAAAUAUGGAUGUAAAAGAUUUCUGAGAGAUGGACAUAAAACACCACGAGAAGAUCCUAACAGACUUUAUUAUGAGCCAUGGGAAUUGAGAAUGUUUGAAAAUAUAGAAUGCGAAUGGCCAUUAUUUUUCUGCUAUCUUAUAUUAGAUUACUGCUUCCAAGGCGACAAGAACAAUGUUACUGAGUAUAUGCAAAAGUUGGAGAAAAUUAUGUUAAGAAAAGAUGAUGGUAUAAAAUUAGUGCCUGAGUUGUAUGCAGUGCCAGGGGAUAAAGCAAAUUUGGAGCAAAUGGAGCCAGGUAGUCAGGAAAGAAUACCGCUAGGAAGGUGUCCUUUUAUAUGGGCACAGUCAUUGUAUAUCCUAGGAAAGUUAUUACAAGAGGGAUUUCUAGCAGUUGGAGAACUUGACCCUUUGAACAGAAGACUUUGUUCAGAAAAGAAGCCUGAUGUUGUGGUUCAGAUUGUCAUAUUAGCUGAAGAUAAUGAAAUUCGGGAUAAACUUCUUGAAUAUGACUUGCAUGUACAAACAAUAAGUGAGGUUGCACCCAUUGAGGUUCAACCAGCCAGAGUUCUUAGUCAUUUAUAUACAUAUUUAGGUCGUAAUAAAAAAUUAGGAUUAUCUGGAAGAAAGUCACGAGAUGUGGGUAUUCUUAGCACAAGCAAAUUGUAUUCGUUAAAUGAACGCAUUUUUGCAUUCGCUCCGCAAUUUUCUGACAUGAAAAGAUUCUUCAUAGCUUCUGACUAUGAACUGAUGGUUGACAUGCUAAAAGCCGAAAUUGCUUUCUUGAAGUCUUCAUGGCAAAAUCUCCUCGGAAGACCUCUUGUGGUUUUGACUUUAAAUGACAUGAAUUUAGAUCAAGGUAAAAUUCCAAUGGCUAUGGUGACGACGAUGAAAAAGUUGAAAUCUGGUUACAUUAAUGGAACAAGAGUUACUCUUGGGAACCUCGGCGAUUUUCUGAGUACGUCCGCGAUAACUAAUUUGAGUUUUUUGGGAAGUCAAGAGGAGGGUUAUCCAGAUAAACUGAACCCGCAAGUACAAAGCUACUUAGAAGAGCACCUACUACGGUCAUUCAGCAGUCGCCUAAGCGUGCUGCCCCGUCCAGCGGGGGGUCGCGUCCGACCUCUACGUCGCCGAAUGUCCGUCCGUGGAGCCAUUAAGAAGACACGCUCCAUUAAUGUUGACUCUGAAACUCUAGGAAUGGAAGGUGAACACUACGGGCCACAUCCCCUGGAGAGAAAACCCUCUUGGCUCGAAGGAGACUCUACGUUUGGACGCAGCCCUUCACCUGAACAAGCUAAGAAACGAGCCUUCACCAAGGGUACAUCGACUACUUCUUUGGGAGUACCGCCGACUAUUGAAGUGAACAAAGAAGAAGCGCCGACUCCGGCGAAGGAAGAAGUGACAGUAAAGACGGUAGUACGAAAUCGAACGACGUCGGAGUCGCAGAGUGUCGUGUAUGCAGAACAAGACACCGACGAGCUGAUUGCAAUGCUACGAGAAACUGAGAGCCUCGACGAGCAAGGAGAUAUUUUACAGUACCUGGUCGACACGCACGGACUAGAUUAUGAUACUGGUAUGCUAGAAAACGGCAAGCACGUAACUGUAAAAGAUCUUCUUAAAGUUCUCUAUGAGAAAGCGUGCAGUCAAAAACUAUGGGGACUCGUAAGACACACCGCUGGUAUGCUCGGGAAGAGAGUCGAAGACUUAGCUAAAGCGGUGACAGAUCUACUUGUAAGACAGAAACAGAUAACCGUUGGGAUGCCACCGAACAACGAACACACUAUAACUGCUCCUUUACCAGAGAAUGAACUGAGGCAGCUGAUACAUGUGGCGUAUGGCGAUGAUGAGAGUACUGCGAUGUUGACUCAAGAGUUGCUAGUUUAUCUCGCCAUGUUCAUACGUACUGAACCACAGUUAUUCUUGGAAAUGCUUCGUCUUAGAGUCGGACUUAUAAUACAAGUAAUGGCGACUGAACUAUCACGAACCCUAUCUUGCGACGGUGAGGAGGCGUCCGAACAUUUGCUCAAUUUGUCCCCAUUUGAAAUGAAGAAUCUUCUGUACCACAUUCUUAGCGGCAAGGAAUUCGCCAUCAAUAGCGUCGGCAGAGGCAACUUUUCAAUUGUAAGCAACAAAUCAAAUCGAUACACGAAGAAAUCUCAAAUUUUGUUGGAAGGUCAAGGAGUUCAGGGCACCGAUGAAGCCCCAAUAACCGAACCGGACAGGCAGGGUCAGUGGUUGAGACGCAGACGACUCGACGGAGCUCUGAACCGCGUCCCGAGAGAUUUCUAUCAGCGUGUAUGGGCUGUUUUGGAGAAGUGUCAAGGCCUAGUAAUCCAGGGCAAAGUGCUACAGCCGAAUUUGACCCAAGAGAUGACGUCAGGCGAGCUAAAAUUCGCGCUAGCAGUCGAAACAGUAUUGAACUCGAUACCUCAACCUGAAUAUCGUCAAUUAGUUGUUGAAGCCCUCAUGGUCAUAACGUUGGUCGUCGAAUACAAAGCCGUGAACAAUUUGGGAGGAAUGAUAACCGUCGAACAUCUAGUGCACAAAGCUAACCAAAUAUUUUUGGAGGAUCAGACACGGUGUGCUGGCGACGCGACGCUGUGCUGCGCGAAGGCGGCUGGCGGCGUGGGCGGGGGGGCGAGUGCGGGCGGGGCGGGCGGCGCCCAGCUGUGCGGGGGCGGGGCGGGCGGCGCCCUGCUGUGCGGGGGCGGGGCGGGCGGCGCCCUGCUGUGCGGGGGCGCGGCGGGCGUGUGCCAGCUGCUGUACGACAGCGCGCCCAGCGGCCGCUUCGGCACCAUGACGUACCUGGCGCGGGCCGUCGCCGCGCUGCUGGCCGAGCGCCUGCCCGCGCACGAGCCCGUCGAGUGCGCCAUCUCGUAGCUGGCCUUGCUUAUGUGUGGCGUCACAACGUAAAUGAUACCAUAUUCUGACUAAGAAGUUUCACGAUGAAAACGUUCUUGAAUCACGGUCUUGACUACAAGUUAACUACUGCUCUUAGUAAAUUUUAUUAGUCGAAAGUAUAGAUAGCCUUUUGUCGUUUUUGUACUCAUUUUCAAGAGUAGGACAAAAAUUACUUUAGAUUAAAAAUCUAUAU